CGCAGAGAGCUCGCUGUGAAUAAUUUACUUGAUUUCGGUUGUUGUGGUUAUAGCUGUAGUUAGAACGCUUUGGAAAAAAUAGAUCCUAUCUGUGUUAGAGGAUCGCUGAACAUCAGAUCUUGACACUUCGCUUCAGCUCCAAUGAAAGCAAACAUCAAAAAGAGAAAUGAACGAGCAAGCUGAAUGGGGUCCCGGUGACUUUCUCGCUCGUUACACAACCUAUUCCUCACGUCCAAGCCCUGAUAGAACCCUGGAGGAUGAUAGAUUCGCCUUUAAUACUUCUCUUUCGCCAUUUUCAAGUCCAGACAAGCAGUUUUGUCGGAGGGAUAAUGUUGAUCAAUGCAUAGCCUUCUUGAAUCAGGAAGUUGGUAUUCUUGGAUUUCCUUCACUGUUUGCUAAGAAUAGUAACAGUCACAAGCCUGGGUGUGAGGGCACUUUUGACAUCGUCAGACUGAUCAACACCACUUAUGAACUGCUACAGCUUCAACAACAGAAUCAGAGAACACGGACAUCACUUGAGGAGAGGAAUCUGAGGUCAGAGUGUGAUAAUGAAUUUCUUAUUACCAGCCAAAACAGGCUUAAGGAACAGGUUGAAAGUUUACAGCGAGAGAUAGCUCAGAGUCAAGAGAAUGAAAGGCAAUUGCAAGGGAGCAUCAAGAAGCUGAAGGUUCAACUCAAGAAUGAAACAGAUGAGGUGCGAAGACUCAAGAUGAAUGCUGUUCAGCAAAAGAAGCAAUUUGCACAUGACAAGAAAAAGCAAGAAAGAGAAAUGAACAAAUUAAAAGAGAGAAUGCAUCAGAUGUUAUCUGAUAGAAGUAAUGAAAAGAGAAUUGGCAUGGAAAUACUGAACUCCUUGCAUAGAGCUGAUGGCAAAAGAGCCACCUGGAAAACUGGACAAAGGGAUGAAAGAGAGAUGUACAGUCUACUGGUGACAAAUUAUGAAGCAAGACAAAAGGAACUAAUGAAGGAAAACUGUGACUUGCGGGAUUCCCUGCAGGAUAUGCAGACAGAGUUGGUCAGUCUAUUGAAUCAACAGCAGACACCCAUGUGCGACUCUGAUUCAGAGGACUCUCUGUCAGUUCGCAGCCUCCCUGCCGGUCACUUUAACAUGCCUUAUGAACUCGUCAGAGAAGGCAUUGAAAAAAGUCUUCGCGACAAGUGGCGGGUUUUAAGGUCUCGGUUAGACAGUGCGAAUAAAGGCACACCAUCUAAGUCACCAGCAAACUCAUCUAAUAACACGGAAAUGGAAGAGACUAUCACUAAGCUAUCUCAACAGCUCGACAAUUAUCGGCAUAUUGUAGAGCAGCAGGAAUCUCUCAUUGAGACACUUCAAUCCAAGGAAUCUGAUGGUGGUGGCAACCCGCUUUUAGAUGACUCGCGAAUGUGUGAGGAAUGGGAACGGCUUCAACAGGAGCGAGCACUCUAUGAGAAGCAAAAAGAGUCUUUCGAUGAAGAGAGAAAGAACUUCACCGAUGCUGCUGUCAAACUGGGCCAUGAGCGAAAGAAAUUCGAGGAAGAGCGAACUGCGUACUAUAAGCAACAGUUGAUGAUAACUCCGCAAUCCCGGACGUCGGCCAAGUCACGAUCACCCGAUGGCCGCACAAGUCCCCCGAAACUUCAGUUUAGCACGCCAAUGUUCUCGCCUGCGCCCAGAAAGACCAGGGAAAACCGUGUGAUCUUACCCCGCGAAGGACCCAUAACCAGUCCGACGACAGAGGAUUUGUACCACGCCCUUUCCAUCAAAACACCCGCUUCUAGCGUCUUAAACGAAACACCCAAGCUCCAUCAAGCACCGUCGCCUUCUUGCGGACAGUACGAUGGAUCGUUCUCGAGUGGCUCUUUGUCAGAGACUAAAGAAAACCAACAUAAAACAAGCGCGAAGAGCCUUAGGAUCCACGAACAUGCCGAGCAAGUAAAGCGAGCCUUGCAACUUAAGCAGAGCCCUUCGUGUGAAUGAAGAAACCAAAAAACAAGGGUGAAAACCCAAAAGCAUGUAGACCAAGUGAAGCGAAAUUUGCGACUCCAGCAGAGACUGCAUGUGAAUAAAGACAACAAAAAGCGUGAAAAGUCGUAGAAUCCACGAGCUUGUAGAUCAAAGGAAACGCGAUUCCUAACUCAAGCAGAGCAUUUCGUAUGAUACCAAGACAACAGUCUUCUAAGUGCCACAAUUGGAUCAAGUUUUAACCAAGUUAUAGAAUGCUGUAAAUACGCAGAUGAGCAGGUUUUCGUUUAGACACAUUAAAAGACAAAAAUAGCAACCUAGAUCUGCUUUGAAGGUGUUCCAUAUUUGCACCAGAUGGUUGCGUUCAAAUGAAAUAUGUAUAAAGCCAUGAUAUAAAGUGAUUAGACGUUGAUCAAAGCUUUGUACGGUUUAGCUGUAGCUUUUAAAACUUUACAGAAAUGAACAUUCUUCUAAAA